GGGGCAUUAGCGCUGAUUCACCGGGAGCGAGUGAGAGCUACAAUCUGCUUAGAAUCAACAACACGAUAUCGCCUUAGUAGGUGGACAUGGCAUCAAAGAUUUGGGGGGAGUGAGGCGAAGUUACAAGGUACAAGCAGCUGAAGACACAGGACAGAACAGCUCCCCAUGGCUGCUACAGCCAGUAGCAGAACUGGAACUCCAAGACCGGGGUGGGUCGCUUUUCCAGAUGAGGAGUCACAGGCAGAUGAGGACCACCUCCAGCACUCUUUAGACCAGCCUGUGCUGGACUCCUCUUCUUGGGCAGAAGUACCAUGUGUGCCUGGCCACAAGACAGAGCAGACGGAUUCCUGGGUUCAGUUUGAUGACAAACCAUGGUCACCCUCUCCUCCUCCCUCAACACAGGUAAAAGGUCCCAGGCACAGCAUUUGCUCUUCAGCCAGUUUCUGGAGUACCGUUCCCCCAUCAGAGAGCAGCUGGACCACCCAAUCUGAGGAGCAGAGCUCCGUGAGCAUGGGGGCGUCAUCCUGUGACCUGCCCUCUCUUAACACCGAAGAGCCACCCAGUCAAACACCCUCCUGUCCCCACUCUCCUAAUUCUUCUUUGUGCCAAGAGGAUGAAGGAAUGAACAUGGAUUCAUUCAACUGGACAGCAAAUGACCAACACAGUAAUGGCCAUUCAUAUGUCACCUCCAACCAUUUUACCGGUUGGGUUACUUUUGAUGAUGAUGAGGACUCAGUUUUCCAGCCUCCAGGGAGACCGUCUAAUAUAAAACUGGAUAACCUCAAUUCUCCACUGCAGGAUGCCAACAGCAACUUGAUUUCAUCUUCCUUUUUUGGCCAGGUGACACAGAGACACAUCCUGGAUUUGACCCCUGAUGGCAACAAUUCCAUCUUAGCCUUUGAUAACACACUAUCGAAAAACAGCGUCCCUUACAACAAAAAAAACCCUUUCCUUGAUGAUGAGUUCUCCAACCUACAACCUUCUCCUAUUAACCCUUUCAGUGCCUAUUUUGACAAAAGAGACCUGAAAACGUCCCAAGGUAUUGGCUUGUGUCAAGAGGCACCGAAUGUGUCCAGCUUCAGCUCACCGUUCUUCGAGUAUCAAGAUGCUGAUAUAAAAAAAGAAUCGAUUUUGCUUUUUUCAGCUCAGAAGGACUCAGCAAUUGGAAAAGAUAGUGUCCCAUCAGGCUUUCCUGUAGAUGGUCUGGAUCAACUCAGGAAUAUACACAUCUCUGACCCUGACCGUGACGGUAGUCCUACACUACCAGACGAUUCGGUGGAUGAAGUUUGCUCAGAUGAUUCCACCUACGAACCAGACCACAUGACUCCUCAGGAAGGCUGGCCCAUGCUCCUGCGCAUCCCUGAAAAGAAGAACAUCAUGUCCUCACGUCACUGGGGACCAAUAUUUGUCAGAUUGACGAACAAUGGCCAGCUGCAACUUUUCUAUGAGAGAGGGCUGGAAAAGCCCUUCAAAGAGUUCCAGCUGAACUCCCAGCAUGAGAUAUCUGAACCCAAGCUCCAGAACUACGAUGAGAACGGCCGGGUUCAUACCAUCAGUGUAGACCAUGUGGUUUACAAGGAGAAGAGGAAGAUCCAGCCCAAGGUCACGGUGGUUCAUUUGCCCGUAAGAGAGCAAGUAGUGAAGCUUGGGACAACAAACUACCAGGACUUCUUGAGCUUUCGUCAUGCUCUGCAGGAGAGGCUUGUAGGCCUCUCAGUGGAUCAAGAAGGUCUCAACUGGCCAACGACUUACUCUGAGGAGGAAGUCCACGUGGAGGUGAGGGAUAACUUUUAUGGGAUUCUGUCCAAAGGGGACAGCCGUAUCUUGGAGCAACUAGUUUUGACCCGAGUGAACAUGCUAGCAUUCUUGAAUGGAUCUCCACCUUGUAGUAUCGGCCUCAAUGAUGUCCAGGUCAAAGGUAAAGAGGUGGUUUCUCGGCAUGACAUAAUUCCCAACACAACGUCACGUUGGAUUCAACUGCGGGAUUGUCGACUGCAUGAGUGUGCAGACCAGUUGGAGUUCACAGAGUCCCGAGCCAUUACGUUUAGUCCUCCGGUUGGUCGUCGCUUUGAACUGCUGCGUUUCCGCACUGCGUUCGCAGAAAAAACCCUUCCCUUCACCCUGAAAACUGUCGCUUGUGUCAGGGGUGCAGAAGUGGAGGUGCAGUCCUGGCUGGUGAUGGCAACUGGGUUCUCAUCCAAUCGGGAUCCUUUAACUUCAAUACCAUGUGAAAACGUUGCUAUCCGUUACCCUAUACCAGAAAUUUGGGCAAAGAACUUUAGGCGCGAGAGUGUGACGGGAGAGAAAUCCCUGAAGGCUCGGUUCAAUAAAGGAGCCAGCUUUGGUUCAACCAGCACGUCAGGGUCCGAACCAGCCAUGAGGGUCACGCUCGGCACGGCUAAAUACGAACAGGCCUUUAGGUCUGUGGUGUGGAGGAUCAGUCGCCUGCCUGACAAGAACUCAGCACUGGGACAUCCUCAUACAUUCUUCUGUCGUUUGGAACUGGGCUCAGAUUGGGAGGUGCCUUCUAAGUUUGAGUGCCUGGUAGAGGUUGAGUUUGACAUGCCCUCUGCUUCUGCGUCCAAAACCACCGUUCGCUCUCUGUCCGUGGGGGACAGAACUGACUUAAAAAAAUGGAUCACCUACAAAUCACAUUACCUCUAUAAGGUGGCAGUCGAGCAGAAGAAUGAGAGCACAUUGGACAGUCCUCAAAAUGAGCAACCAGGCGAGUGCACUCAUCAGUGAGGAACCAGGAAGAGAGGGAGGUUCACAGGUUGCACUUGUUGGACGAGAGAAAGUUCAACCCUGAACUGGGGUAGUUUUCGUUUACAUUUAUUGCCCAUUUGGACAAUAUUUUGAAAUUGAAACAUAUUUAGAACAAUAUGCAGAAAGGGAAAACACACCACAGAUCCCUUGCAACACUACAGUAUAUUUGCAGAUCUCCACAUUAAUUUCAUGUCCAACUUGCAAUCAUCUCAUUAAGUCAUGUAAUCAUCUUUGCCUGAAACAAUGCAGCUGUUUUACUGAACUGCAGAUAUCAGAGAUUUUGUGUAAAAAAAUUUUUUUGUAUAUUUUGGCCUAUGUAGAGUCAUUUGUGUAGGGUUACCAGGUUAAUUUUCUUGCUAAUUUAACUUUAUACAGAGGAUAAUGAGGGACUCAUUAAAUAACACAUUUCAGAGCUUUUUUUCCAUUAGAAGAAAAAUAAGUAACCCUUACUAAUUUCUAGUUAAAAAUUACAUUCUAAUAUAACAAAAGGUACUAGUAAUGCAAAUUGUUUACCUUAGAUUUGUGUUCAUGAGUCUUUUAUAAGCACAUUUUAAUUUGUUUUCAUGAAUAUUUAUAUUUGAAUUACAUUUACAGGCUUUUUUUUUUUUUUUUUUUAGAUCAACACAAAUUCCAAAUUAAAAUAUCAUUCACAUUAAAUUAAUCUGUUAUACACUCAGAAUCAAAUUGCAAAUGAGUUAAAGGGUUAGUUCACCCAAAAAUGAAAAUGUCAUUUAUUACUCACCCUCAUGUCAUUCUACACCCAUAAGACCUUCGUUCAUCUUCAGAACACAAAUUAAGAUAUUGUUGAUGAAAUCUGAUGGCUCAGCGUGGCCUCUAUUGAGAGAAAAGCCAUUGAAACUGUCAAGAUCCAUAAAGGUACUAAAAACAUAUUUGAAACCGUUCAUGUGAGUUCAGUGGUUCUAUCUUAUUAUAAAGCAACAAGAAUAAUUUCUGUGCGCCAAAAAAACAAAAUAACGACUUUUCAACAAUAUCUAGUGAUGGGCCGAUUUCAAAACACUGCUUCAUGAAGCUUCUGAGCUUUAUGAAUCUUUUGUUUCGAAUUAGUGAUUCAGAUCUCCUAUCAAACGGCUAAACUGCUGACAUCACAUGACUUUGGCGCUCUGAUCCACUGAUUCAAUUCGUGAAGCUCUGAAGCAGUGUUUUGAAAUCGGCCCAUCACUAUAUAUUGUUGAAAGUCGUUAUUUUGUUUUUUUGGUGCACAAAAUGUAUUCUUGUCGCUAAUAAAUGACAUUAUUUUAAUUUUUGGGUGAACUAACCUUUUAAGUUCUUCAAGUCUUAAAGCAGAGUAUUCUGUGAGAGGAAAUAGAUCAUGAAUGUCAAAUACCCUGUACUUUGCACAUCUUGAUGAAUUUGAGUAUUUUUUUUUUUUUUUUUUUUUUUUUUUUACAGAGUUUAACAUUUAAAUAGGUCCAAAAUUACUAAAGAGGGCUUAAACUUUGUGUUAAACUAGUGAAAUCUACUGUAAUGAUGUACUGCUUCAUUUAACUAAUGGUUGUUGACAUUAUACUGAUAAGUAUUAAGUGUUUAAAAGAAUAUAUUUAAAAUAACACUUCCCAAAUAAUAUUUGUGCAUUAUUUCAAUAGCAUUAUUAUUUCAUGUUGUUUUGGGAAUUGCAGUUGCUUUGAUCGUUCUUUGUGCAUAAACCAAGAACGAUUUCAAAAAUACGUAUGUUUUAAUUGUGAUUAAAAUUAUUGGUUUUUUUUUUUUCCUGUAACACAAUAUCACCCGCCACGUUUUCAUCUGACCUGACCCUGAGUUCACACUAGCGUUACACUGAAAGCUUGCUUGAUUAUUCAUACACUGUAUAAAAAUAAAUAAAUAAAUAAAAAAAAAAUGUUGGUUUAACUUAAAGUAAGUUACCUGGUUGCCCUAAAAAUUGAGUUCAUUGAAAUUAAAAAUUUGAGUUAAUACAAUGAAGGCGAUUGGUUUUAUCAACAGAAACUAAAAAUAUUAUGUUAUCUGAACCACAUUAAUUAUUGAAGUUGAUUUGACAAAAAAAAUGUUGUGAUAAAUCAUGAAAAUAUAUAUAUAUAUAUAUAUUUUUUUUUUUACAGUGUAGUCUUAAAAUAGCUUGAGACGUUGAGCAUAAUUGCCAUAAUUAUUUAUAUAUAUAUAUAUAUAUAUAUAUAUAUAAGCUUCUGUUAGUUAUGACACUCACAGUAGAACGACUUCGACAUCUGGCAAAGAAAUAAUUUGUUAGUAUCCUUGAUUGUUUAUUAUGUCUUAAGUUUGUUUUUUGUUUGUUCCAAAAUUGAUUGUUGUUAUUUUUUUCUGGGUUGGUAUUCUUUGUUAAUGUUUAAAAAAAAUAUGCUUUGCUAAUUGAUGCAAUAUGGAUGUGUGUUUAAUUUUUUUUUUAAUUGUCCUCAUAAUUGUAAUUCCACUAACAUCAAUCACUCAAUCAGGUACCUUCAUCUCUCAACUGGACGACAUGCAUACAAUAAAGUACGUUUGAUUAAAAAAAAAAAGAAUGUUA